CUUCUCCACUUCACAACCCUUCCGUGACUGUCACUCCACUUUCUCUCUCUAACUCUCACUUUCUCUCUCUAAAACUUAUUCUAAAAGCACACUUAUUUUGACUUGACCCCAUUUCUAGUCUCCUUUCAUAAACACUUAAAAAAAUAUAAUUUCAUUCUUGGGUUUUUUUAAUUUUUCUUCACUUCUCUCUCUAAAAUUUCACUUAUCUCUCUAAAAAAACCAAAAAAUGGAAGCUUUUUCAUUCUUGAUCUUCUCUCUUCCCUUUCUCUUCCUUUUUUCCCCUUCUCUUUGUACAAAUUCUGAAGGAAAUGCUUUGCAUGCAUUGAGAAGUAAGCUGUCUGAUCCGACCAAUGUGUUGCAGAGUUGGGACCCAACUCUCGUUAAUCCUUGUACUUGGUUUCAUGUCACUUGUGAUUCUAACAAUCAUGUGAUUCGAUUGGAUUUGGGAAAUUCUAACAUUUCUGGAUCUUUAGGACCAGAAUUAGGCCAAUUGGAGCAUCUACAGUACUUGGAGCUUUAUAGGAAUGAGAUAGGAGGUAAAAUUCCAAAGGAGUUGAGUAAUUUGAAAAAUCUUGUUAGCAUGGAUUUGUAUGACAAUAAAUUUGAAGGAGAAAUUCCCAAGUCCUUUGCCAAAUUGAACUCAUUGAGAUUCCUACGGUUGAACAACAACAAGUUAAGUGGUUCCAUUCCUAGGGAGCUUACUACCCUUAAAGACCUCAAAGUUUUUGAUGUGUCUAAUAAUGAUCUCUGUGGAACAAUUCCGGUUGAUGGCCCUUUUUCUACUUUCCCAAUGGAAAGUUACGAAAACAACAGGCUGAACGGACCAGAGUUGAAGGGUCUCGUGCCGUACGACUUUGGAUGCUGAAGCCAACGCAACUCGACAUGGUUUAAUAUGAAGAAUGUGAUGGUAUAAGAUUUAACAAUGAUAAAUAUAUAGUAGUAGAAGGGUUUGGUUAACAUUGCUGAUUGUUGUAAUAUGCACUUGAGGUUGGUUCCAUAUAUGUAGAAAUAUGAAAUCAAAGUUAAACAUUGCAA